GGACUCAAAUAUUGGUUUGCGCAUUUGUCUUCCCAUAUUUCCCAAAAAUAAUUUUUGUCGCAAAACUUUCACGGAUGGACAUCUAAACCUCUAAUCUUCUUACAAACCUUUUUCAAAUCCUUACACUCAUUUCUCCAUGCGCUCUCUCCCAUCGACGUCAUAACCUUUUCCAACAUCCACCAAACAAUCUACCAUAUAGCCCAAAUACCCCAACAAAUGGCAAUGACCUAUUUCAAACGCUGGUCCACCCUCCCACCCUCCCCGACCCCCUCUCUCAAUGACUCCCUCUCAUCAUCCUCAUCCAGCACCAUCAGCACCCCACCCCGCAGCCCGACGCCCUCCUCCACCACGCGUCUCUUCUCCGCUCUAAAAUCCAGCACCACGUUCCCCCUUUCCAUCCGCAAAGUCUCAUCGCCAUGGCACUCCAGCACUACCGUGCAGCCACACAUACCCUAUCUGGAUAACGCCAGCCAUGUCGGCUCAACUACAUCCCUAUGUACCGCGGAUCCCACAGCCAUCGCAGGGUGUGCGAAACAAAAAAGCAAUGAGAAGAGGGUGCUGGCGUGGCGCAGGGAGACGAGGACGCUGCAGAUAGAGUAUGAGAGUUUGCCGUUGAGGAGGAGGAGGGAGGCGCUGGAGAGGGUUAAUGAGGGGAGGGUUAGGUUGGGGUUGCCGAGGAGGAGUUUAGGGGGGUUGGGAGAGUGAGAGUUGGGGUGGGGGAGGAAGAGGGAUAGAUGGAUGGAUGGAUGGAUGAAUGGGUGAAUGGGUGAAUGGGAGGACGGGCGCGGGUGGGAAAGGAAAAAAGCAAGGAGGGGAAUAAGAAAAAGCAAGGAUGUUGCGGAGGGGCGGGAGAUAUGGCGUGGUGGAGCUGAUUGAGUUGUUUUUUUAGCGUGCAUGGUGGGUUGGGGUUGAGGUUCAUUACAUUUGUCAUUGGGUAUGGGGUGGGUUUCGGUUGGCUGUUUCUACGUGUA